AUGUCCAAAGCAAACGAAUCAGUCAAAGUGGACAAAGAGUUGGACAUGUUGAACGUAACACGUGGUGUUUGGUUAGUGAAAGUUCCCAAAUAUAUGGCCAAUAAGUGGGAGAAAGCACCAGAGAAUACCGAGGUUGGUAAACUGAAGAUUGCCAGACAAAAAGGUAAACAACCGAGUGUUUCACUAACACUCUCCGACGCUGUGAUAAACAUUGAUCCAUCGGAGAAAAUUCCACGCCACCACCGGCUGGAUGCGUCGGUUAUUACCAAGCAAACGCUGGGUGUGUUUUCUCAUAGUGAUCCAGCAGUUGCCUUGCAACCGGAGGCGGAACGGUUUGAAGGACGCAUUGUGAAGAGACUAGAGUGUCGGCCUUAUGAUGACAAUUGCUACAUGAAAAUGAAGCUGGACUCCAUCCGAAAAGCAUCGCAACCGAGACGCCAGACCAAAUCGUUGGAAAAAAUAGUAAACAAUUUCAAGCCCAUUUCCAAUCACAAGCAUAACAUCGAGUACGUUGAGCGCAAAAAGACCGAAGGGAAAAAAUCCCGCGACGACAAGGCAGCCGUGCAGGACAUGCUGUUCAAUGCAUUCGAGAAACAUCAAUACUAUAACAUUAGGGAUUUGGUUAGAAUUACUCGGCAACCGAUUACCUAUCUGAAGGAAAUAUUGAAAGAAAUCUGUGAUUACAACAUGAAAAAUCCACACAAAAAUAUGUGGGAACUUAAGAAGGAGUAUCGACACUACAAGGAGGCGACCGGUAGCGAUAGUGACUGA